CAGCAAAGAAUCAUCUCGGAACACAUUUCCAAAAACGUCUCCGUGAAUUUUUGUUUAAGAUAAAUUAUUCAUUUUCCCUCACAAACGUGUAAAGUCAAUUGAAGCAAUGAAAGUGUUGGCAGUGAUAUUCGUCGCGUUGAGCGUUGCUUUAGCCGAGGAAGUUGCAGAGAAAAAAACGGAAAAACGUUGGAUUUAUGGAUCGGGCUAUGGAUCGGGCGGAUAUAAUGACGGCAGAUACUCUGCAUAUGGCAACAGUUUAUAUGGCAACCAAGCAUACAGUGGUUAUGAUGGCACUGCAAGCCCAUACAGCUAUAGCAACUAUGGAAGUGGAUACAAUAAUCCAAGUGGAAGUGGAUUUAACACGGCAUUCGGCAGCGGUAGUGGAUACGUUUAUAAUCGGCCAUUGAAUAAUUUGGGAUAUCCAAACAACUAUAAUUCAGGAUACUCGGGAGCAUAUAACACUGGAGCAUACAACACUGGAGCAUACAACCCUAGUGCCUAUGGAGGUGCCUAUGGAAGUGCCUAUGGAAGCUCCUACCCAAAUUACUACAACAACCGAUACAACAAUUACAACGCCUAUGACGGCUUAUCUUCAUCGUCACCAUACAGAUACAAUAAUUACCACAGCAACAACUAUAACGGUUAUACUGGCUACACUGGCUACAACGGCUUAAAUAACGCAGCCGGAUAUAAUAGCGGAUACAGUACUGGAGUCAUCGGAUUGCCAUACAGUCAACAAGCAUAUACACAACGUUAUAAUUCAGAUGGUUACGUUUAUUAAAUAAUCUCGAGCUAAAAAAUUAUCCGAAAAAAAGCUAUCUUUGUUACCAUUAACAGUGAAUGUAAAAGAAACGAUGCCCCUCCAGAAAAACACAUACAUGCUCACUCAACGACUUUUUGUAAAAAAAAAAGUCAUUUUACUCGUUUUCCCGUCGAAUAUCAUCCUAAAGAUCGGUUCUUGUAAAUAGAUGCUAUUUACAUUGAAUUUUAUACUCUAAUUGAUAAUUUCCCAUUUUUUUUCUAU